CAAAAUUGCAUAUGCAGUUUAGUGAAGAUGAAGCACUUAUAAAAUGUGAUAUAGAUAUGACUUCUUAAGCUAUAAUGAUACAAAAUGAGGUAAAAUUCCUGCAAAAACACAGACUUUAUUUGAAUCUAAUGGGAGGGUUUUUUUUUGUGGCUGCUAUUUUGCUUUACAAUAAUUUAUUUGAUAUAUGUCCUUAUAAUACAGAUAGUAAAUGUAUAUAGGAAUGGUUGAAACCUCAAAUAUUAAAGCUAAUAAUUGUUUCGAUUUCAUCAUCAGGGCUUUUUGUGUUGGUUGUUUUCAUGGCUUUAAGAAAUUUAAUUAGCAAAUUAUAUAUUGGAUUAUUUGUAUGUUUUCUAAUGAAAGUUAUUUUUAUUGAAGAUCAUGUUAUGAGUACAACAAAUUAUCAAAUAGUUUAUUAAUUUUUUGAGAUUCUGUUCAUCUUAAUUUUUGGAAUUAUUUCUAUAAUUUUAGUAAACUUCAUUAAAUGUUGGAUACGAUGGAGAAUGAAAUGUUUAUUAAUAGUAGGGAUGAUAAUUUUAGUAAUUUUGAUAUAUUUUAAAAUAUAAAUUAAUAAUAGUUGUGUAGAUUGGAAAAAAGGAUUGAAUGGACAAUCAAUAGAUUAAUCUGGGAAGUAUUGUUAAAUAGUUGAACCUUCUGUGUGUUGGUAUGAUAUUUUUGAUGGAUUUAUGGAUGCAUCAAAAAUUUAUGAUUGUACAAGUCAAUCUAAAGAUAUCAAUCCUUAAUGGAUAGAAUAAUAUAAGAGUUAUGUAUAAAUACCUGAAGGCACUAAAUAUAUCGAGAUGCCAAGAACUGAAUAUUUUGAAGAGAAAUAUAGAUUUUGUCCAUAUAAAGAUUUUUAACAAUAUGUAUUAUCAAAAAUGUAAUUUUUGAAAGAUUUAAAUGAAUUAAGUUAAUAGGCAGAGUCUUAUUUAGAUUUGGAAUAGAUGAAGUAUGUAACGAAAAUAAAAAGAAAUGAAAGUUUGAUUGAAUCAAGAUCAAAAUCUUACACUAAUAUUUAGAAUUAAAUGAAUCGUAAACUUCCUAAAAGCAUAAUAACAAUAUUUGUAGAUGCAGUGUCUAGAACAAGAUUUAUAAAAAAAUUAAAGAAAUCAUCUAAAUGGUUUGCUUAAUAGGAACAUGAAUUUUAGGAUACUCACUAAAUGUUUUAAGCUUUUAGAUAUAUGGCUGUAGGAACUCAUACAACUCCUAAUUUUUAUGGAUACGAAUAUGGUGUAUAAUAUCAAUUUAAAAAAUCUACUAAAAAUACAUUUUGGAGCACAACAGGAGCUUAUCAAAAUGAAUCAAUUAUUGAAGAAUAAAGUUAAUCAAAAUAUAAGAGUAUAACUUAAAUGUUAUAAGAAGCAGGAUAUAUUACUGCAAAAUCACGAACAAUAUGUGGAAAUUCUAUUACUGAACAUGAAUUGGUAGAGGCUGACAUAAUGCAACCUUAACCAAUUGAUCAUGAAUUUGUAAGUGGUAUAUGUGAUCCUAAUUAUAUGCGUCCAAAUAACUAAUUUGGAAUUUUCAAGGGACCAUAUAGUGUCGUAAAGAAAUGUCUAUAUGGUAAGGAAAUCAAUUAAUAUGUUUUUGAUUAUGGAAGAGAUUUCUUAUAGACCUACCAUGAUGUUCCUAAGUACUUAGAGUUGUACUUUUUGGAUGGACAUGAAGGCACAGGUGAUGCUAUAAAUCAUUUUGAUGAUCCUUUAUUCAAUUUUUUGAAUUGGCUUAUUGAAAAUAACCACCAUAAACAAUCUUAUAUAAUGAUGGUUUCUGAUCAUGGAUUGCAUAUGUAAGGUCCAUAUUAUUUGAUGAAAGCUGAAAUCUAUCAUAUUGAAGUGGCUCUUCCAGGACUUUUUGUAUUGAUUGAUAAAGAUUUAAUUGAAGAGAGAGAACGAAAAGCGUAUUAUUAAUUUAUUAUCUUAGAUUUAAAGAAAACUAAUAAAAAGUUGUUACUUCUUUUGAGAUUCAUUAUACCUUACAAUUUUUUACCUCUGAUAACCCUCUAAUCUUAGACAAAAGUCUUUUUUCAUCAGUAAUUUCGGAGGAUAGAGAUUGCACAGAUAUUCCCCUUAAAAAAGGUGAAUUUUGUGCUUGCGUUAAAUAAAAAUGA